GAGGUCAAUGAUAAAUGGACUGAGACACACGGUAGCUCAAAUAGUUGUACUUCCCAUGAAAUGGGGAACAACAAUUAUGUUGACUUGCCCAAACUUGGGGAUCACUUUCUUUCUCACAAAGCACAGUUUUAUGCAUUCAAUGAAUAUGAUGAGUUUUGUAUGGAAACAGACGAGCAUGAACCGCCUGCGAUCCAAAUAAAACAACAGUCAAAAAAUGAAUUUGGAAGGGACAAAAAUGAGCCAAACCUUUUAAAGCAUAAUGAAAAGAUAGUGAAAGAUAAUGAAAUGAUUGAAUAUCCUUGCUCCAAGGAGAAAAUGAAUAAGCGCUCUGAUUUUUCUAACCAUGAAUUGGGAAAGUCUGUGAGGUCAACUGACAAUGACUACACAGGAUCAAAUCAGGGUAGCAAGAAAGUAAUUGAAAUUGAUUUAACUGAUGAUAUUCAAGAGUUGUCUGGGUUUGACUUUGAUGAUUUUGAGUUUGAGGAUACAGGUUUAGCCAAGGAAACAAAAGAUGAUUUGACAAAAGAUGAUAGGGUCCAAAAUUCGAGCGAAGAUAAAUCAACUGGGGGAAGCAAGAACAUAAAUCUUGAAAGUAUAAUUGAUGUCGCCUCACACGUUAAAGAUAAAGCAAGCAAUAGACAUGAUAGGACUUUGAAAUCUAACAACCAAUCAAAGAAGGGGAGAAUUGACCAAAGGCAACACAAGAAAGAGAAUACAAGUAUGAAAGAUGGAAAUUCCAUCAAAAUUGUAUCUACCAAAAGCCUCAAAAGUAUUGUCUGUCAUGACAGUAAAGAUGUAGUACCAAAUACUCCACCUAAAAUAGGAAGACAUGUAGAAAACAGCUGGGACUAUAAAGCCCCACUCGAGCAGACAAGUAGGGCUGUAGAUAAUUCUGUCAUUGCAAGACAGAGAAGUCCAAAGUUCAACAGUUUUUCUGAAGCAAUUCGAGUAAGCAAAUCUGUUAAUGAAAGAAAAAAUAUCCCGAACAAUUCUGAGAAUACUUCACAGCGAGAAACGAAACCCCAAACAUACACGUCUACGAAAACACCUUUAACUACAAGAAAAGAGGAAGCUGGGAUCGAUAAGAGUUCAAAUGAAAGCUUGAAAGAAUCGCAUAUUCCACAUGGUAUAUCUCUGAGGGAUUCUGUAUUCUCGAAAAAUUAUGGUUCAGAAUUUAAAACUGCUAAUGAAAUGUACAGUUUAAAUAGAAAAAAUGAUCCGAAAGUACAAGAUUUUACAAACAGAUAUGUAGGGGUGUCUCAUCCCCCCAAAAGGCAAGGUAUAUUCAAAGAAGAAUCGGGUAAAAACUAUUCUGAAUCAAAAAGUUUCCAUUUGACACAAAAUAAACAAUCGUAUGAGGAUAAAAGAAAGCCGAAGCAGACGCCUGAGGGUGGGAAGCAGAAUGCCAUAAGCACCUCCAGUUUUUACACAAGUAGUCACAAAUUAAAGCAAUCCAAAUGUGAUAAUAGUACAAAUAAUAGCCGCUUAGAUGGUAAUGAUGGUCAUUUGGAAUCAGAUGAGGAUUUAUUUGGAUCAGAUGAUGGACUAGACGAAAUCUUGGCUACAAGCUUUAUAGAAGGUAUGGAUGAAAAUGACCAAGGUGAUACCAAGAGGUUAGGAGGGACAGAUAAUGAUGGCAUAGAUGACUUACUUGCUAACGUUGACGAAGACAUUGAUGAUGGUACCUUGGUAGCUUGCUGUGAUGAGGCAAUGUCACCAAUGAUUCCAGUCAGACAGAAUUCAUCUACUUCAAGAUAUUCAGGCUCUGUUCAGGUUAAGAAUGAGAAUCUUUCGAAGGGUGUGAAAAGAAGACUGGAUAUUCCUUAUGGACAAUCAAAGUUGAGAAAGUCAGAUAUCUCUGAUGUCAGCCUUGAAGAAUGCCCAUUUUGUGCAAAACAGUUUCAUUCUAGCAUUUCACAGCACGACGUAAACCAGCACAUAGCAAUGUGCUGUAGUAGUGAAGAUCUUGGUAAUGACGAUGAAUUUUGGUGAAUUAAAAGUUAACAUCCGCCAUACUCUGGCAUUAAAAUAUCAUGUUUUAUCACUUGGUCGUGUAUGUUAUUGCAAUUUCAUGUUUUAUUAAUGGUGGUGUUUCAAAAAAACUUCAGGAGUUCGUCUAUUGACUAUGGUAGUAGUUCAAAUGGCCAAGAACUACGUGAGCUGAAGCGGAUUAAUAUUUUUCUUUUCAUCCAUGGAUACUGUGUACCACAAUCCCGGUAGAUUGAUUUCCAGAAGUAGGAUGUCUUGUGCAAUCGUUCGUGUUUAUAAGUAAUGCCUGGUCCUGGAUAGACU